AUGACUAACACAGCUGAAGAAUGCUUAAACGCAUACAUACUCACGUUCAACUGUGCCCGCAACCUAAUCCAUACAGACCGCUUCGCGGCACAUCUCUUCGAUGUCUUGCCGCCUGCCACUGCUACCACAGCUCCUGAAAUCUUGGUGCUGAGUCUGCAGGAAGUUGCGCCGAUAUAUUAUGCGUUUCUGGGCGGGUCAUUUCUUGUAUCGUACUUCCGUGCUUUCCAGAAGGCUGUUGAUGUUGCUGCAAGGAAUAGAUGGCCACGUGCCUCAGGUGAUGAGGAAGAUGAUGGUGUUGGAUAUGUGAAUGUCGUAACUCAUCACUGUGGAUUGACGGCACUUAUGGUCUUUGCCAGAUCAGAUGUCGCAGACAGCAUAUCCUGGACGGAUACAGCAGAAGUUGGAGUCGGGCUGCAGGACAUGGGCAAUAAAGGCGCAGUCGGUGCGCGGUUGGGUUAUGAUGCCCAUGGCCAUGAGACUAUGGAGUUGACGUUUGUGGCUGCUCAUAUUGCACCGAUGGAGGAUGCGUAUGAGCGUCGGAAUCAGGAUUGGAGGAGGAUUGUUGAGCGGCUGGUUUUUACAAAAUCCGAAGAUGGUCAAGACGAAGAGGGAGAAGAACCCAGUGAAGAUACUGCUCAUCUUCUGCACCAAACCAGAAGGGAUGUUGAGUCGGGCAUGUUCAGUCCUAGGUCACACCUCUUUUUUGCCGGAGACUUGAAUUAUCGCACCUCAGAUGUGCCGCCUAAGCCUGAAGAUCAUGCGCGAUACCCUCAACCACACGCCACACCCAGCGACGCAUCCCAUCUCUCCAAACUACUCAAAAAUGACCAAUUAACACGCGAGUUGCGCGCAAAACGUACCCUCCAUGGCCUGUCAGAAGCACCGAUCACAUUCCCACCUACAUAUAAAUAUUCCGACGAAGCUCAAAAAGCUGCUUCGCUGCCAGAGCAAGCUCAAGAUAGACCCGAUGGUGUCUGGAAAUGGGCAACAAAACGGUGGCCGAGUUGGUGUGAUCGGAUAUUGUAUCUCGAAUAUCCGCCUUGGGUGACGACCAGCACGAAAAAGGGGGGUUCAUCAACGAUUCAGGUUCAGGGGUAUAAUGCACUUCCUCUGUUUCCGACGUCUGAUCAUCGUGCUGUUGCGCUUGCUGUGAGUGUUCCGUUACGAGCAAUCAUUUCUCCAUCUCAGGCAGAAGACGUUGAUGAUAUACGCUUACAUCCCCCAUUCCCUAUCGAUCCAUCAUGGAGAGCGAGACGGGAAAAUGCCCGCAUCAAAGAGGUCGUUGUCGGUGGACUUGCAUAUUUGGCGCUGACGUGGGAGGGUAAUGGGAUUCUGUUGGCUACGGUGGCGGGGAUUUUUGGUGGGUGGAUUGUGCUUCGGUCUCUUUUGCAGGGUGAGGUUUCUGAGGGGAUGGUGUUUUAG